UUUGUUUCUGUCAUGUUUGUGUUGAAUGCGUCCUUCUCUGUGCGUCCUUCGUUUAUUGAGUGUGCUUAGCAGUGUUGUUUAGUCAUGGCUAAUACGAUUCAAAAAAGAGUUUGCUGCAACCUCGUCGCAAUAUUGAGUUCCAUUUGUUCACUGGCCUCGAUAUAACCUCGAUCUGCGUUCUGGUUGUUGUGAUGCAUAAAUGGACCCGCACUGGGUCCGUACGGAAGCGUCCCAACGACGUGGUUGCGCCCGAGAUACUCGCCGAAGCGCAAGUUAACAGAAACACGCCCUUGCCACAGAAUGACUCCAUAUCUAGCAGUACACAAGGUACAGAUGUAGCCCUAGAUCCUAGCAUCUCAAUAGAUCGCAAGAAUGAACUGUGUUCAUAUUUGAAUUUGAUGAAGCAGCCAGCAGGUAAAGUAGGCAAUGAGAAUAAUCCUCUUCUGAAACGGCGCUCGCUCCGCAUUCGGAAAGUGCGGAAGGUUAAAGAAGAGCAUCUGCAGAAUCAGGAGUUGACUGCGAAUGAAAAGUGUGAGCAUGCUGAGAAUAACAAUGUGCAGGCCACAGACCUAAAACAGCAGCUCUGCUUGGACAUUAAUAGUCGCUUUAAGCAUAUUAUAUUCAAGGGUAAAAGUGAUGUACUCAACAGUGCAGUGAUGGGUAGCCUCAACAUGUUUACUUUCAAGUCAUUGGAAAACAGUGAAACUUUUGACAACUACACCGCACUGACACGACCGUUAAAAGAUCCAGUGAGCAGUGAACCCACCGAUAUGGGAACUGUUCCCGAGAUCGAAAUUGCCGCUUACAAGGAUUCGUGCAAUGCAUCCGUUUCGAUCAUUUAUUGCGUGAAGAAGGAUUUUAAGAUUGAUGAAUCAGCCGCAUGUGAUGUGCUAAAAACCAAUCAGUUCUAUACACGAAUACAAGGAAUGCAACAUAACCAAACUUAUCCGAAUACGCCUCCAUUGUUCACUGGUGGAGGAGACCAGGACAUGUCGGAAUCGAUGAACAAUAAUCAUCACGAGGCGAAACAAAUUGAGGAUGCCAUAGACGUCGAGUCGUCACACACUCUAGCAGUCAUUACAUCGCCAAUAAUUGACGUGAUACACGUCGCCUCCAAGACUGAUGCAGCUAAUAUGGUUGUACCACACGCCUCUGAAGAUGCACCUGUUAAAGAUUGCGUGUUCGUCGAUCUAUCCAGGCGCAGCCAUACCACCGCACCAUACGUGCACCCAACACACUCGGAUCACACAUACUGCGUACCGCCAUCACCCGCACGACCAGCUAUGAACAUGGUGCGCAGACGAACACAACAUGUACCUGCGGACAACGCCGCCAUAUUGCCACGCGAUGGCGGCGCCGUGAUUGGCUGCUACUACGCCGGCUAUCACUUGGUAGUGGCGCAGACGGAGCGCGUGAGUUUCUUCCAACAGAGUGGAUUGGGAAUGUUUCUUGAGUCGCAGGGCAUGUGGAUUCCGCGCAGCGAUGUCGCCCGGUUGUCGUUCGAUGAUACAUGCGUGCGUAAAACAACGCGCGAUUGUAUUCUACACACACCGGAUCAGGGCAUCGUGUACGUUGAAUUUUUCUGCAAAGAGCACAUACACGAAAACUGCAUGGUGCCCGGUUGCGAUCUGUUUGUCGUGUUGUAUUAUCGGCGGAAUACCGAUCAUGUGCCUACGCGCAAAAUUCAUCAACUUGAUAAGUUCACAGGGUACGCCAAGCAUGUGCAGUUUGUGGUCGUGCAGGAGCUGAAUUGCGUGACGGUGUACUUUGAGUCGUUGGUGGGCACCAUGUCUUCUUCGACAUCGAAUUGGCAAAUAAAUAGUUAUUGUUUUACUCCCGAUUACCAAUCUGUAGAAGUCUACAAACACGAAAAAUCGCCUCAUCGUAUUGAGAGUUUGCACGUCGUCGAAGAUGAUUACCGUAUGACUGUGGGCUGUGCACCAGACUUGAUGUCCUUCUGGCUAAUGGAGAAAUUAGUGCACACCAUCAAGUUACCCAGCGACACGGACCUCGCGAAGACGACAUUCCGUUGCGAUCGCGGUUUUAUCUUCGCGCUGCAGCAGCUGCCCCGGUUAAACUGCUUACGUCUGACUGCUAUCAAUCUGGCAGACUAUACGCACAAGCCGCUCCAGCUGUACAAGCCACCUCGAGGCUUCAAUAGGCUGAGGAAGGCGUGUAUGCGUGACGGGGAAAUCGUGGCGUUCUACCGACAAGGUCGUGCCUGCUGGAACAUGGAAACGGGAAUGUUGAUCUCAUGUGGUGCCUCGUCGCGCCCAACCUGGCCGUACGGCAAAUGGCUGAUCACGGUGCGACAGCGGCGCGUGUACGUAUGCCGCAUGCUGAAGGCGAUGCGCCGUCGGCAGUCGCGUACCAUCCGGCUAUGCAAUUCGUCUGUGCGCAGUCGCCGCCGCCGUCGGCGCGCGCACAACUAAGUACCGCUGUCGCCUCAGCAGCAGCAGCAGCAGCGCUUCUUCGUUUGUACCUGCGUCCAACACUGUACCUAUUACUGUGAUUGCGUGAGUUUUAAUACCGCAAUAUUUUGUUACGACGAUACAAUUUGAAGAAAUAAAGGUGUUUUAUUUAAAAUCGCA